AUGACCAAAUUGAUAAAUGUUUGGUGUUGUGAUGAUAACCAAGUGAAGGCCGUGAUGACUGUCCAGGUUGCUUUAGCUUUGUUGUAUGAGGCAAAAUUUGAUGUCAUUCAACAGUUGGCGAACGCUGCAAUUCAAACUGGUGCCACACAGCAGCUGCGUAAUAAGCAAUUACGUCAAAAGAAACAAAUCCCUUUUGGAAUGAGGUUGCGCUCAAUCAUCCGGAUGAGCCUUGGGCGUGUUGCCAGAAGACCAAGGAUGGGAUCAUUGCUUUGUGAAGAAGAGCUGCGCCGACUGGGACGUGAGGUCAGACAGCUUAUUGGAUGGGCAACUGACUUUCAAAACUGGGUAGACGCAAUCAAACCAAAUGAAACCAACGUGGGAAUGAUUACUUACAUCAAUUCCAACAUAUUCUUCACAAGGUGCAUCUCGCAUCAUGGAAUGGAAGUCAAUCUACAAUGGCCUUGCAAGAGGAACUUGUGGCCUAUGGAAGCGAUGGAAGUGAGGCCUGUUGAGUGUUGUGCAAUGUACACAGCCAUAUAUUACAUGGUCAUAGCACACAUUGAAGGAAAUGACAAUAAGAAAGAUUUUAUUUGGAGAGUGAGAAAAUAUGAUAUCUUCAUAAGUUGA